GGAGAAUUUGACGACAUCAACAUGAUGGACACGCAGCAUCAGCAGCAGGCUUCGACGGUGCAACCAGCCCAUCGAGUGGAGACGGAGCAUACCGACAUGAUCUACGACAUGAAGAUAGACUACCACAGCCACCGUAUCGCAACGUGCUCGUCAGACCGCACGGUGCGCAUCUACGAGGCUAAGCAAAAUACCACAACCCCAAACGCCCUCGUCGCCGUUUUGGACGUACCAUGCGACGGUCCCGUGUGGCGGGUAGCGUGGUCACACCCCAAGUUCAAUGUCCUGGCGGCCUCGACGCAGUGCGGGAAGGUCGCGUUUUAUCGCAAUAAAGCGCCGACCGGGGCCCCGGAGGCAUGGGGUCUCUUGGACGUGCAUCAAACCCGUCCGUCGAGCAUCAACGCCAUCGAUUUCGCACCACACGAGUACGGCCUCGUCCUCGCCGCCGCUUCUGCUGAUGGCACGGUGUCCUUGAUCACGAUGACGCAGGCUGGAUGGGUGACCACGUCGUCGUUCCAGGACAACAGCGUCGGGUGCACGAGUGUGAGUUGGGCCCCGUUCAAUUCCCUCGGCGGACAAGGCGUCCGUCGUGUCGUUGUCGGCGGGUGCGACUCGAUCGUCAAGAUUUGGUCCCUCCUUGAUGGCGCCUCAGCAUGGCAGACCACGGAGUCCCUUCCGACAGGGCAUUCGGACUGGGUGCGAGACGUCGCAUGGGCUCCCAACGCCGGCAUGCCAUGCAACACGAUCGCCAGUGGCGGCGACGACCGCCGCGUGCUGAUUUGGUCGCAGGUCGAGGCUGGUGGCCCGUGGACGGUGGAGCAGCUCGGGGCGUCGUUUCGUGCCCCGGUGUACCGGUUGGCGUGGUCGGUGGCAGGGCAAGUGUUGAGCGUGUCGGCGGGCGAAGACAGCGUGACGCUGUGGAAGCAAAAGCAGCAGUCGUCCAAUCAAACGUGGCGGUGGACGCUCGUGACAUCGAUGGCCGACUCAGGCGCCGUGCCCGCCCCGCCCACGCUGUAGUGUCCUGUACUACAUGUAGCAUUGGUGCCAUAGAUUGUCACACACCCUUCCAGACACAAACACAUGGGCAAUGUCCACAGCCCUUGUUGCAACUACCGACAAUGCGUGGCACGUAGAAGUAGUACUACUUGAAGGAUUGAAAACACAAGGGUCAAAUGAAUGUUUCUAUAUUGGUAAGGCGAGGGCGGUGUCCUGAAGGCAUC